AUGGGUGCUGUUGUUGGUGUUAUAAGUGCUACUGGCGGUGAUUUUGGCCCUUUUCGCUCUGUUGAAGAGUCUACGAUAUCCCAUCUCACAAUGCCAGCUACGCGAACUGAUGUACUGUCCUGGUAUGUUACGACUUCAACGCUGGGUUCUGCCCUGGGGAUCGAAGCUGCUGGUCAUAUAGCCAGUUUCUUGAAAAGACUUCGAGGCUCAAGGCAGGAUAUUACGGAUGUGUAUCAUGCUAUGUUUUGGAUAUAUGUUGCAAUGGGUGUGCUCUCCAUGAUAUUUGCAUGCCUGAUGAGCAGGAAGUGUGAAUCUACUGAAGUGCAAGUAAAGUCUAAUACCGAAAGGCCGCGGGAGACUGAUCCACUACUUAUCUCUGGAAUAGCAAGAGAGGAUACCCAUGAGCAAAACGACGUCUUGGUUGGCAGGCUAUGGCUCAAAAGCAAGAUUGCGGAGCUAUCACAGGAGACUCUCUGUGUGGUCAUAAAACUCCGGGUACUUCUCACAAUAGACUCGCUAGCUGACGGAAUGGUGUCCUACGCACUCACAUACUACUAUCUCAUGCGUAAGUUUGGUCUCACUAAGUCGUAUCUGGGAGACAUUAUGUCAAUCUGUUUCCUACUCAUGGCCAUAUCUACCGCCUUCGCCGGACCUCUUGCUCGACGUCUAUGGCUUAUCAAUACCAUGGUGUUCACUCAUCUUCCGUCUUCUCUCGCCGUUCUGCUGCUUCCGGUACCCCAGAGUGUGGGUUUAACCAUAGUUUUACUAUUCAUUCGCACUGGGCUGAAUAAUAUGGACCAGGGACCAAGAGUUGCGUUCAUUGCGGCUGUGGUAAAGCCAGAAGAACGCACGGCGGUCAUGGGUAUCACGGCUAUGCUUAGGACGUUGGGUUCUACUAUAAGACCCAGUCUUACUGGCUUUCUUGCUGACACUGACAAGUUCUGGAUAGCAUUUGUUGUUGCCGAGGCUCUACGUGUCGCCUACGAUGGGGGGCUCUUCUACUUGUUGACCUGA